CCCGCUCCCUCCAGCCUCCCCUUGCCAUGGGAUGGCCGCCCCCUGCGAGCCCAGUUACUGCCCGCUCGCCGUCAGCCUGAAGGAAGCCGGGGAGGGAGCGUCCCUGGCCGGGCAGUUGGGCAACGGGACCAACGAGUCCCUGCAGGAGCUCUUCAGGAGCAUCAGCCUGGAGCGAGCCGAGGGGCUGCAGGGGGACAGCUCCGCCGCCCUGCGCAUCCUCAUCUCCGGCGUCUACUCGCUGGUGUGCGCCCUGGGGCUGGUGGGCAACCUGCUGGUGCUCUACCUGAUGAAGAGCAAGCAGGGCUGGAAGAAAUCCUCCAUCGACCUCUUCGUGACCAGCCUGGCGCUCACCGACUUCCAGUUCGUGCUGACGCUGCCCUUCUGGGCGGUGGAGAACGCCCUGGACUUCACCUGGCUCUUCGGCAAGGCCAUGUGCAAGAUCGUCUCCUACGUGACGGCCAUGAACAUGUACGCCAGCGUCUUCUUCCUCACCGCCAUGAGCGUGGCCCGCUACCACGCCGUGGCCUCGGCGCUGAGCAGCCGGCGGGCCGGCCCGGGGUGCUGCUCGGCCAAGUGGCUGUGCCUCCUCAUCUGGGGCGCGGCCAUGCUGGCCUCCCUGCCCCACGCCGUCUUCUCCACCACCGCCACCGUCUUCGACGAGGAGCUCUGCCUGGUCAAGUUCCCCGAGGGCCGGGGCAACAGCGCCCAGUUCUGGCUGGGCCUCUACCAGGCCCAGAAAGUGCUGCUGGGCUUCCUGGCGCCGCUGGCGGUCAUCAGCCUCUGCUACCUGCUGCUGCUGCGCUCCCUGGGCGAGCGCCGCGUGGGCCGGGCCUGCGGCGGGCCCACGCGGCGGGCCAAGGUGACCCGCUCGGUGACGGUGGUGGUGCUCGCCUUCUUCCUCUGCUGGCUGCCCAACCAGGCGCUCACCGCCUGGGGCAUCCUGGUCAAGCUCAACGUGGUGCCCUUCGGGCCGCAGUACUUCCUCUCGCAGGCCUACCUCUUCCCCGUCAGCGUGUGCCUGGCGCACUGCAACAGCUGCCUCAACCCGCUGCUCUACUGCCUGCUGCGCCGCGAGUUCCGCGCCGCCCUGCGCCGCCUGCUCCGGCGCCUGGCCUCGCCCUCGCUCACCGCCACCCGCCCCUUCGCCGCCGCCGCCGAGCCCGAGCCCGAGCCCGAGCCCGAGGAGCAGGCGCUGCGCGCCCUGGCGCCCGCCGGCCCGCUGCCCCCCGCCGCCCCCCUGCCCGAGCUCCUCUACUCCCCGCCCGGCGUGGUGGUGUGCGGCGCCCGCUGGGACCUGCUGCCCAGCCGCUCCGCCGAGCAGCGCUGCUGAGCCGCCAGGGGUGCCUGGGAGCGACGGAGGGGGAGGCUGGGGGCAAUGUCCGCGGCGAUGGGCUCCAGGGAGUGGCCCAGCCCUGGCAGCGGUGGAGGGGGUGUCUGGGAGGGAUGGAUUCUGGGGACCAUCCCGGUGGUGGAGCCGGUGUCUGUGGGUUAUGGGCUCUGGGGGUUGUCCCCGCGGUGGAGGGGGUGGCUGUGAGGUAUGGGCUCUGGGGA